UUCAGCAAAUUCUGCUGAGCUGGCAUUUCCGUAUAGAUCUACAAAGCUUAGCUAGCUAGCUAGCUGGAUCCAAGAUGUCUAACUUUCUGUGUGAAUUGCCCCCUGAGGUGGUACUGAAGAUCACUGGCUACAUGGAGGUCCCCGAUGUGCUGCGGUGUUUGCGCGUGUGCAGAGGAUGGACGGAGAUGCUUUGUGUUGGAGAGAUGACCCCAUUUUGGCGGCGUGCCUGUGUCCAUGCUGGCCUCCCCCAGUACUAUGUCAAGGAGAGGAUGAGAUUCAGCAAGUUCCCUAAUGAGCUGUUUCAUGAGAUACGUCGCCACAAGAUGACCGUAGCAACUCAGAAGCCAACCAUUCAUUCCAUCAGAGGAAUUCAUCCAUUUGAAUCGACUCAGAAAUGUGAAUAUGCCGGAGGAGGUUUCUUUGUCAAGACGAUUGAUUAUUGCAGCCUUGAGUAUGAGGAGACCAUUAUCGGAGAGUUUAGUCCUGACAAGAGGACCAUUGUCAAGCGAGAUGCCUUCAAGAGUGAUUGUGGGCAAGUUAUGUGGGCUCACUACCUCGGUGGCAAUGUAGUGUAUCAAACGUAUGGAGCAAGAUGGUUUCGUUAUAACGUUGAGAGCCGACAGUUAACCGAGCUAACCCCGGGGAAACGAGAGAGAGGACUAAACUACUCAAUAGGACUUUGUCGUCAUUGUGUGUUCCUCAUGUUGGUGUCCACUGAGAACUCGAUGCAUGGCUACUCUUGGAUACUGCAUUUCCUCAACUUCAGCAAUGGCCGAGACCGCUGUCCACUGGAGCUCAAGCACAAGACUCCCAUACCUCAUGGGAUCACUCAGUUCAUACCCCGCCCUGUUACCGGUCACCUCCUCCCACUCAAUGGUGACUGUUCCCAAGGUCACUUGCUCAUUGUACAAGGAGGCACCGGCGCUUGCGUGUUCAAAGUAACCCAUAGCGAUGACGAGGGGAUUCAAGUAUCCUCCAAACCUAUUGGAAAACUGAACCCAUUUUUCGAUGUUGACAUUGCAGUGAUGGUGGUCAACACUACUAGCGAGAUGAUACUCUCCCACGAUGAAGAGGUGCUGGGGAUCAUAACCUGCGUUGUCUAUCCAUUCCAGUCUGGCCUGUGUCUGCAUGUGUUUGAUACGCGCACCUACGAGAGGAUUAGCUCAGUCAAGGUGGACUGGAAGGAAGGAUUCAAUGAUGGCUGUGUGUUGUCUAUUAGUCGACUGUACGCUACUCUCGCUGUGGGCCACUCUAAAGGCAUUGUCAAGUUGGUUCAUGCUCGCACUGGUCAAGUCUUGCUGGAGGUGUGUGGUUUGAGUCGUGGUUUGCCCCCUAUAGUGCCGAUGUCAAGGCUGCUCCUGAUUCACUAUCAAGGGACCUAUGGGGAGGAUUGUAUGGUGGAUGUGCAAGCUCCUCUCAACCUCGUGGUCUUGUACAGGAAGGGAGUUAGAGACAUUGCUGGUGUGUGGUUCUCUCCGUACCCCGCCAUUCAAACAAGAGACUAUGUUGUCAACUUGAGUGAAGAAUCAGAAGAUGAUAGGGACGAUUAGCAUAUAUAUUUUUGUAUUAUUUUGCUGUAAUCAUGAUUGUACAUUCCAUAAUUACUUUUGCAAAUCGUUGGGUUUUAUUUAGAUUACAAAAAUUG